UAUUUAAUAUCGGUCAGUCUGUGGCCAGUUCUCAGUGCGAUCGCACAUCUAAAAAAAAAUCAGAACCCCAAAAGCGAUGCCAUUUCCUUCGAGAAGAUCGACUUUUCUUCUUUUAUAAAAUUGUCAUUUUAUUGGAAAGAUUUGUGCUCAUCCAUGUGCGAUUUAGGGAUAAGUGAUUUUUUUGUAUUAAAGGAGAAAGUGUAUUAAUGCUCUAUUUAAAAAAGAAAUGAGAGUUGUGCUUCACAUCGAAAGGGAAGAAUUCGAAUUAUUUCUCAUUUUCCCCUUUAUAACGAUCAUUCAGUGAUAAUAAUUUGUGUGUACUUUAUUGCACAACCUAUCACAUCAAUUGUGCCCCAUAUGAUAAAUUGUGGAACGGAGAAAAGUCCACCGCGGGGAGACACAUCCUGGCAGAGAGUGGUGUAAUUGAAUUUAUUGUAAUAAACUAAAGUGCAGAGGCUCAGUGGGAGAUCGCAUAGAUCACAAGAAACUCCACGGAGAAGACACCAUGCUAUGACAAAUAAGGAUUGUUGAUCGAGUUGAUUCAUUAACAUUGCGGGAGAAUAUUGCUGGGAGAAAUACUAAAUUGUUGUGGAUAAGUGAGAUUUUAAUGAGAACAUUCACACCGUGUGAUUAUCCGAUAGAAUGGAAUAUUCUAAGACACUUGUGGACUUAGCGAAAAUUGUGAAAAUCCUCUUCUUCACGGAAACCCUCUUGCUACUUUUGCUUCUUCAACUUGAUCUACCCGAAAUGAACAUUAUUGGUGUGAAUUACAAAUUUGUGGCACGAUCUUGACGAAAAUAUCAUUGGAAUUUACACGCAACCAGCAGAGUAUUUAGAAUUGUUCUACUAUACUUUGUGAGAAAAGCAAGGAAGUUUCCAAUUAAAUGAGGCCUAUGGAGAGAAAAAAUUAACGUGGAAAAAAUUUUAAAUACAAAUUUUUCACAAAGAUUUUCUCUUAACAAGAAUUCCGUGCAUAUUUUAAGACAAAAUUCAUUGAUAAAGUGCAGUGAGACAAAGCGCAACAAUACAGUUGCAGCAACUUUUCUCAAUGAUCUUCGCGAUCGUAUGGAUAAAUAAUUCAUAAUUUUGUGCUGUGUGUUUUUAUUUUCAUUCAGGAAUUUUUAAUUUUUUCCCGCUAGGACAAUUUAAAUAUUUUAAUAAAUUAAUAUAAAACUUGUGUAUACAUAUGCUCAAAGGAGAUUACAAUAAUCGAAUUGUAAGUGAGUGGGUGGGAACAAGCAACAAUUUGCUGCAAUUUUGCUCCUUAUACGAUCACCUCGCACUCAAUCACUUCAAUACGUGAUGAUCAGAGGUGUAAAUUGCUACGUGGACAGAACAUACCAAUUUUGAGGAAAUUUUUGGGGGAUUAGAAAAAAAUUUAAUAAAGAAGAGAAAGACAAUAAAUUACUCUUCAGUGUCUAAACUAAUUUUGUGUGAUCGCUUUUUCGUUCACCUUGACAUUGUGUUCAAACUUUCAUAACUGACUGAAGGGAGAUCUCAAAAAGGAACUUUGUGAAAAUGAUGUCCCUAAAGCAGUGGCUAGCAAUGCUAGCAUUCUACGUGUCUUACCUAUUUUUUGGUGCCAGUGUUUUCUACACGUUGGAGCAGGAGUUGGAAACAGAGCGGCGCGUUCAAGCUCUUCAAGAUCGUAUCGAUGUCAAUGAACUCCUCGUAGAAUAUUUAGCGCCCUACAAUCGAACACUUCAGCAUGAGCUUUUGGAAAAGAUUUCCGUAUACUGUGAGAAACCAGUGACGAAUUACACAGAAGAUAAAUACCUGGAUCCCUACGUAUGGACAUUCUAUCACUCGUUCUACUUUGUUUUCACGGUUAUCUCCACUGUUGGAUAUGGAAAUAUAUCUCCCAACAGCACUUUUGGAAGAAUGUUUAUGAUCUUCUAUGCUAUCAUUGGUCUUCCUAUCAAUGUGAUUACGCUUGCGACUCUUGGAAAUUUCUUUGGGAAAACGUUUAGUAAACUCCACAAUCGCUACAAGCAAUACAAGAAAUCAACAAAUAAGCACUAUGUGGCAAUGAAAUUGAGUUUAAUCGCUCAGGUUACGCUCUAUCUUAUACCGGGAAUGCUAAUAUUUAUUUUUCUGCCGGCAUGCCUCUUCACGUACUUCGAAGAUUGGCCCUACUCCGUCAGCGUCUACUAUGCCUUUGUUACAUUGACCACCAUUGGGUUUGGUGACUAUGCAUGUACAUUUCAACCCUAUCAAGAGAGGGUGUUUGGAAUUUAUUUUAUUCUGUAUGAAGUCUUCGUGAUAUUCUGGUUUGUCUUUGGCCUCGGCUACGUCUUGAUGAUCAUGGGAUUCCUCGUAAAGGCUUACCAGAGUCGGCGAGUGAAGCAACUGGAGCACAAACUUGCUCUCAGUCUCAAAGAAACACAGAGUCGUGUUUGGAAUGGGGUGACGAAAGAUAUAGGCUUUUUGAGGAAGAUGUUGAAUGAGUUACACAUGCUGAAUUUCAAACCGGUGUAUUCAGAACCAACGGAUAAAUUCCUUCAAUUUAAUAUGAAUCGCUCGGAAUCCUGCCCAGAGCUAACAAUGUACCGCCCAGAUUCUCCGUCUAUUAUCUGCAGGAAACGCGCUAUGAGCGAGAGUCAGUAUACAAAGGUGGAAGAGAUGUUCAACACCCAGAGUACCACGACACUCAAUAGGACACAAUCAGAUACAGAUUUGGCGAAGAUUGAUAGAAAGAGAACAUUUGAAGGCGUGAAAUCAGCCAAUCAGACUGGAGAGCUACUGGCACAACUAGUAACAGCACUGGGACAGUACAGGGAUCCUGAUGAUGAUCGGCACAGUCUCCAUGAAAUGGGAGGAGGAAUUCACGGGUUCUCAGACAAUGAGAUUCUAGCAAGUGAGCGCACAUGGUCUGGAUGGUCUCUACCUACUUCUGAACGAAGUAUGAGUAUAUCGGGACCAUCAGCACAUCCCAGAAGAAAUAGAACAGCAUCAGAGGUUGCUACACAAUUCUACACGAAAACCUCUGAUGAGAAUUACGAGUGGACGUGGAGCAAUAACAGCGAUCCGCGAAUUCUUCGUCUCAGAUCGGGAUCCCAGAAGAAUGAUUUGUACAAAAGAUCAUUCGGGAUAGAGAAGAAAGCAAUGGAAUUGCCAAAUAGCCUGGCUAUUACGAUGCCAAUCGACAUUCCACCAUCAGCUACGAAUAAAUCACUUUUGGGUCGUUUUAAGAAUUUCCGCAAGAGAGCUAUGAGUUUUGCAGCUGGAUCCGAUUGGACUGGAGAUGAUCCUGAAGCUGCCAGAGAUCAGUACACCGUGCCUUUUGAGAGGAGUACACCGAUGAGUACUUUCCUCAAUACAGCAGCCAGUCGUCGACCAAGCAAUUUCACAUCGGCUCUUCCUGGGAAGGAUGCGGAUUCAAAUGUACUCGAGAGGACAACAAUUGCUGACCUCAUAAGAGCAUUGGAAGUUAUACACACAAAGGCGGCUCUAUCAGAUUUGGAAACACCACCACCAGUUCGGCAUAAAUUCGAACCUGCUACACCACCCAAAAUUCCAUCAUUGAUGACUAUUUUCCAGCGAAACGCUUCCAUUGACAACAGUGACUCAAUAUCAUCCAUUCGAUCCGAUCGACGACGCGGAUCCUUGCGACCAACGCUGUACAGUCGCCCACGUCGUCAGUCCGAGGCAAUGAUCUCAGAAAUACGCCCUCCACCCUAUAAUUCCAUCGAUUCACCCCAGCCCAUUAGACGCCGCUUUAGUGUCCGUCCAUCUGCACUCAGCGUACCUCCUGGUCAGGCACCACCAAUCAGCAAUGCCUCCUCUUCUUCCUCCAUCCACAACCCACCUGUGGCGCGAAAAAUCUCCAUUAGACCAAGUCCUCUGGCGCGGCAGCAAUCAACUCAGUCUGAAGCUGGACCUAUACCCAAACCCAGUUCCAUUUGGCGUUCUGCCGUAACGUCGCGCCUUGGCACGUCUCGCCACGCAAGUCUCACGAGUCUCACGGAAAGGAAGAAAAGUGAGGCCACAGAUCCAAAAUAGUCAAAUUGUUAGGUAAAAAGAAAGACAAGAAGGUAGUAAUCCUCGAACAUGCUCAAAGAUUUGUAUAAAAAUAAGAUGAAAUAUAUAUUAUUUGAAAAUGUC